GACAAGGCUUAGAAACUCACGCGGGGCUUGGCAGAAUAUUUAUUCACUUAUUUAGUCCUCAAAUUUGACCUCUGCUUGACCAGCCUGAGUUUUUAAGAGACCUUCCCUGGAUAAAACAUAGGAGAUAUUUCAUGGCUUAAAGUACUUUGUUGUAGUCAGAGCAGCAUAGAGUAAAGUAUCGCCACCGUUUAGAUCAUAACAACCCAGAGAGCAGGAAGAGACAACUAAUCAAUUUGUUACUUUGGAGGUCAAAAGACAGUUAAAAGAGUGAUGUUGCUAAAUUAUGUAAAACAUGCAGUUACAUGAAUAAAAUAAAUGAAUUCAAGAUGUAAACUAAUUGCUUUAAUAGGAUUUGAAGCUAAUAAACUAGACUGUUUUCCUUAUCAGCCCUGCUCCUCUCCUGUCUCGUUUUCUCUCUACCUCUAUUUUGGACCCUCAGAGGGGCGGGGUGCCUCUCAGAGGGUUCAUCUCCCUCUUUCUGCUCCUUUCUACUCGUCCCAAACUUCUGCCUGUCCUCGGGAUUCCAUUAAAUUUCUGAACCGUUGACUUGAUUUCUUGGAUAUAAGCCGCAAGAGUCAAGAGAUGCGCACCACAACGGGGGGAGUAAAGCAACAUUAUUUUAAGGGAUCUUUCAUUUCCUCCUGCUGAGGGGCCUUUUCGGUGUAUUAUUAGACCUGCUGUGAUCCAGCUCAGCACAACUGUUGCGGGCUCAUUGCUGCCGGAUUUGAACGUUGCCUUUCUUUCAAUCAAGUGAGACAGAAAAGGGAUUUUAGGAAGGAGUUACAUGCUGGUUUCCCUGGCAACGCAGCCUUUUCCGGGAUUUCCGAGGACCAAAAGUUGUCUGCGAACGUUCGUCAAACUCAAAAGGGUUUUGUCCUCAGUUUGUCUCCAACUUCCUUCAACGAUGAGCGGUCAGACCAGCGGUGGAGAGGCUGGCCCGCCGUCCCGGUCCAAUCAGAGGACGUUUUUGGACGACGUCGUUUUAACCUUCAGUUCGCCCAUGGCCUGGCUGCUGGUUGUGGCCCUGGUCCUCACAUGGUCCGGUGUGGCCAUCGUGCUGUUCGAUCUGCUUGACUAUAAGACCCUAGCAGACUACACGUCAUACUGUGACGACCCCGUGUGUUUAUCACCUGACAAUGUCAGAGACAGAAGACCAGGGCUCCCUCCUCCUCCUGCCAUCGCAAAGAGAGGCUUGAGGGCUCGAGCUGCGCUUCGUUCACUAAAGCCAAGCCCUGCUGGAGUUCACGGUGACAUCACGCCUCAGGAGAGCGACGAUUGGCUGGAGAUGAUAUGGUCCUUUGCAGCGAGUUUGGUAGCUCCUGAUGAGGAAGAGGAAGCUUUCGGUUCAGAAGAACUCUGAGGGAGAGGAGGUGGGACUGAGCAACGAUAAGCGUCCAGAAAAGGGGAGGAACUGGAAGGAGGCGGAGGAGAAUCAUACACAUCAUUGCAUCAUAAAUUGUAUUCUCUGUCUAUCCUUAGCUGUCAUCUGAUCAUUAAAAGAAUAUUACUUUAAAA